GUGACUUGUGGUUAGUUAAGUUAGCUUAUAAUAUAUCCUUGAUGGGGUAUCUUUACAACUAAGCCCAUCACAGUGGGGGCAACUUGGAUUAUUCUUUUUAGGGGGGUGUUGAUGAACAACUCUGCGUGUGGUUUGAUUUUUUUGCAGGAGGAAUUACGAAACAAGAUGAUAUCACUUGUCAAGGAGUCUACAGCUUUGAAUCGACCGUAUGCUCAAACAAUGAAACUGAUAAGCUUGGAGAAGCUUAUUGCUGAGCUGGCAGCUUGAGAGAUACUCUACUAGACUGAGAGUCUUUGCGGUUGUAAAAGAAACCGAGUAUAAAUAUCAGACUCGUCUUUCUCAUGGAGGUAGCUUGUAGAUUUGGAUUGAGUCUUGUGACUUGAGGAGUGUAUCGUCUGGGUGAGGCCAGCGGUUACUCAGAUUCAAAUCUAGAAGUGAAAUUGCUAUGGAGUUGUAAUUCUCAAGUGUUAUACAUUGAAGGAUUGAGUUUACGAUUCACUAUCGGUGUACUUUCGAUAUCGAAACUCUAUCAAUUGGUGCGGUGAGCCGUUCGAUCUCUGCGACGUUGACAGUGGGCUCGGAUCGUGUGAAUGCCACAGCGAAGGUGGUGCUUUAGCUGAUUACGACGAUCGUGAUUUCUCCGACGGUGAGAGAAUUGAAGAAUCGCAGUGUGACGUCUAGAUCAGAGUCAAUGGCAACGGAGUGUGUAGCGAUUCCAAUCUUCACAGGCGAUGACUUGCGAUCAUGGAUUUUUGGGUUGGAGGAGUUCUUUGUGCGGGAGGAUUUCACAGAGGACGAUGACAAACUUAAUUUUGCUCAGAGUUUCAUGGAUGGUGAAGCUGUAUCUUGGUUUCAAUGGCGACAAUCAUUGUGGUUGUUUAACAGUUGGGAAUCACUGAAGAAAUCCUUGUGGUUACGGUUUGGAAGUGAUGAAGAUUCGGAGAUGAUAAAGUACAAUACAGAAAUUCAGAAAGGUUUGGAACAGUUGCGCAGCUUUCGUCUUGGAAGUGAAAUGAAAGGCAAAGGAGUUUCCAAAUCUUCCGAUCAUAAUAUUCAGGUUACAAAUUCACAUAUGAUUGAUAAACCGGAGACUAAAUCGUUAGGCUAUCGGAGUAAUCAUCUUUUGUCUGAGCUGCGUGGUGGUUUGUUAAAGUCAAGUGGUGUGAGCUUAGUUGACAGUGACUCAUAUGAGUUGCCAAAGUUUGAUGGUUUUAUGCCAUAUGGCUGGAUUUGUCGAGUGGAAAGAGUUUUCAGAGCUGGCCAGUUUAACGAAGAAGCUAAGCUUGUCUUGGUGUCUGAGAGCCUAGAAGGAGAUGGACUAGAUUGGUACAAUGAAGAAAGGUCUAAAGAUUCAUUCUUGAGUUGGUCAAAUUUUAAGAAGAGAUUACUUGCUCACUUUGCUCCAGCCAAGAGUAGUUUCCCGUCAGAUGUGAUACCGCCAAAGGAAACAGUAUCUACGAGUGCUAAGAAGACAGAACUUGGGUGUGUGAAAGCAUCAUCUCACAGCUCGACAGAGAUUCUCAGAGCAGAAGUUGUUCAUGAAAAGAAUUGUGAAAAGGAAGCUAUAGCAACCUUGGAGAAGACUGAUUCUAUAGAAUCACCUGAAACACAUACACCUGCUUCUCUGCCACCAUUCCAACAAGUGAAGAGCUGUAAACAACUACAAGCAGCAUCAGAAACUCGUUCACAAUCAGAUUUUGGUAUUUUGCUUCCGGUGUCACCAUAUGAGGUUGGCAGCGGUGCUGUUUAUAGCAGAGAAGAAUCACAUCCUUUACAAAGCACGAAGUCAGAUGAAUUCAUACCAGCUUCUUCAUGUGUCACUGACAAAUUUAGUGUUAAUGUGGAUUCUGCAGAGGUGCUACGGUUUUCUGAUGCUAUCUGGUUGCAUUCAGGAUAUGAGCAGAUUACCCUGAAGAAGUAUUCCAAGACUUGGCAUUUUAAAUAUAAGGCUGAGAGAAUGGAUAUUUUACACAGGGAGAAGAACAAAGGACUGAGUUAUGUUGAUAAUACGUCUUCUGGUGCUAGACUGUUUGAGAUACCAAACGUGGACCAGCAGCAUAAGAAGGAAAACAUUUAUAUGCAUGUAUUACAUGGACUACAACAGUUCCUCCAAAGAGAUUCAUGGAAACAAACGUUUGCAAAAGAUUGGGGAUUUAAGUACAAAGCUACAACAGGGCAGAGUGAUGGAAGUUGUUUUUGGGGGAAGAAUAAAUCUGAGAAACUACAGAAAAUUGCUUGUGGGCUGUUUUUUCUGGUCUGUCUGCAGUCUCAGACCAUGUCUGGUAAUUCUAAUAGGGAGCAGUCAAGCAACAAGGUGAUGUUGAUGCAGUUUUCAUAUGGGAGCAAGCCUAUGCAAACAUGUGUUGCAAGUUUGUUACAAUUGCAAGAGCAACGAAGACAUAAGCAGAAUAGUGCAGCAGAUAAAUUGGAGUUGUUCUCGCUGCAUCUCGUCGGUCCAGUGGUCCAUGUUCACGUGCGAUCCUAUCCACAACUUUCAGGGAUACAAAGGCUAAAGCUGUCUCAGUAUAUACAGAUUGGAGUUGUUGUGUUGCUGCAUAACUGUGUCUGUAUGUGCUUCAGUGUUGAGGUUGUGUUACGAGAUGACAGCGUUUCUGCAGUAAAUGCAGAACAACUACGACAAUGGAGUGAGGAGGACUCAUUUGUCAAAUUUGAGAUUGCAACAAGAAGUGAACACUAUAGUCCUUCUGGAGUAUUGACAAACUUGAAAAAGCAGAAGACACACAUAUUACGAGUGUGGUGCAAGAUGAAUAUGAUGCUACCACAUGGGUGCAACACAAAGUAUAAGCAAAGGAAGUGUUUAAAGAAUUGGAUGUUCAAAUACAAAACAGUGAGAAGAUAGAGUUGAGGUUGCUACCAAGCCUGCAAUGGCGAAUAAAGAAGCUGUUGGCUUGUGGGUAUCUGUCCACAUUUCUUCCAACCCAAGCUUGAGGGCAAGCUUGUCAAAGGGAGGGGAGUAUUGAUAAGCUUGGAGAAGCUUAUUGCUGAGCUGGCAGCUUGAGAGAUACUCUACUAGACUGAGAGUCUUUGCGGUUGUAAAAGAAACCGAGUAUAAAUAUCAGACUCGUCUUUCUCAUGGAGGUAGCUUGUAGAUUUGGAUUGAGUCUUGUGACUUGAGGAGUGUAUCGUCUGGGUGAGGCCAGCGGUUACUCAGAUUCAAAUCUAGAAGUGAAAUUGCUAUGGAGUUGUAAUUCUCAAGUGUUAUACAUUGAAGGAUUGAGUUUACGAUUCACUAUCGGUGUACUUUCGAUAUCGAAACUCUAUCAGAAACUCAGGCAGCUCUCUGAUGCUAUAUUCCAACAAGUCGGGAGCAAGAUGUUGAGCCAGCUCUCGGAUGGGUUGUGGGGGAUAAUAAGAUCAGAAGACGGGAUGAGGAGCGAGAUCAGAGAAACCGUGCAAUCCGUCUACGCUACAUUAUCAAACCCAGGAGGCCUUCUUCAAGAGGGACCAUCCACGAGAGAAGCUGAACAUCGUAACAUCCCAGCACCGGUUCGGAAAGGUGAAACCGGUGCUGGUCCGGCUGGUAAACAGAAGCAAGAGGUGAUUCGAGGAGCUGUUAUUGAAAACAAAGGAGAAGCAGCAUGUAGUAUUAGUAGCAGCAACAGAGUUAAUUACUACAUUGACAACAACAACAGUGAUGAAGAAGAUCCUGAAUUCCCUCCUGGUUUUGGUUAAACAUGUUAAUAUUAAUUGUAGACUUUUUCUGCUAAAUUUACAUGAUGUUCUUUGUGUAAGAUUAUAGCACGAAAAUCAGAUCUUAUAAUAGCAAAA